GCUCCUGAAAUCAAACUUGGAGGAAGCGGCAGCAGGAGCGAGACCAGCAUUUGGUAGCCUUCGCCCCGUUUCUGUUGCAGAGCCCGGGAGGUGGGUGGCAGAAGAAGAUGCGAAUUCGCUUGUUUCAAUCUGCAUAAAAGGGGAGGUCUCCAAUAGCAAAACAGACCCUCCGCUCCCUAUUCAGAAGAGUUUAGCGGGAGGUUCCCCCCCUCUUUAAUAACUGGGUCAUUUCUUUCGUCCUUAUACAAGGAAGCGGGGUGGGUGGAGAGAACCCCAAAUAAUUCUAACCGGGGUUAAAAAAAAAAACAAUUCAGAGAACCAAGAAUUAAGACUUCCCACGCAGGCACAGGAAAGAAAAAGGUCGCUUCGUGGAGAGCAGGAGGAGACAACCCGAAGUUGCGUCUACUCCUCGUCCAUUCCUCCUCCUCCUCCGGACCCCGGACCCAGGUCCGGUCGCCCAACGGCCGGAGCAGCCGCCUCUGUACCAUGACCGAGAUCACGGAGAAGGAAAAUGACCCGCAGCAGCACAACAGCGAUCCGCAGCAGACUCCGGGCACCGCUCUCAGCCUCCACGAGACGAAGGUACACCAGGCUCCCCCUCCGUGCGAUCCGUGGCGCAGACUUUCUCUUCUCUUUAAAAAGCGCAAACCUGAUCCUCCUAGGUUAGAGCUGCCUCCCGCCCGGGAUCGAGCGGGUUGGGGACGCUGUUUGGUUUUGUGUUGUCUGCUGUGUUGUGUGUGUCUGUCUCUCUGCCCUCUCGGAAGAUGUGAGCAUCUCCACACCACCCACCUGCCCAUCGCUUCGGUUUGCAAACAAUUUCUCCCCUAGACUCGAGCGUGUGUAUGUGUGUCUCUUUGCGUCUCCUCUCCAUCUCCCUUAACCGCUCGUGCCUCCCUUUCCCUGCAGUAAACGAGGAGUCCGUGGCCGCCCCCUCCUCACCCGCCAAAGCGCGCCUUUACGUUUGCUCCACAACCGCAGUGUGGGGCUGAGUUGGUUUCCCCCCGUGGACAUCUCUCUCUCUCUCUCUCUCUCUCUCUCUCUCUCUCUCUCUCAUAUUCCUCCUAUGCGGUGCACUCGCUCUUUGCAUAGGGCACUGUAGGGUUACGGUGCUGUGGGAUCAGUGGGGGCCCGGAGGUGGGGAGUCAAACCACCGGAUUCCUCCCAGUCUUGUGACCGAUUUCCCUCUCUGCAUGUCGAGCGGCGUGUGUGUGUGUGUGUGUGUGUGUGUGUGUGUAGAUACGUAUGUUCUUGGCUUCCCAGUAAGGAACGAUUCUAUUCAGGGGGGAAAAAAUCUUAAGUUACCUCUUGUCUGUGUCUUAUAUGCCGAAUCAAUUCCUAGAUCAAACGGCAGGAUAGGAAGCCGUGCGAUUUCAUAUCUAUAGAUACAGUACAUGGCACUUCUAAAUGCCAUACAACCCGAACCUGUCAUAUUAGCUGAGCUCUGCGCCCCCCCAUAUAAUGAGUGUUGUAAAUAGACUUCAUGCCCCGCUCUUCUCCAUCGACCUCAGUCACUGAAAAGGUAAAAGGCUAAAAAAAAAUGCAGUGUAUAUCUAUCUAUACCUCUGUGAAAAUCUAGGAUAUUGGCCAAUACCUAACUUAAGCUGGUAUGUUUUCAAAGGGGGGGUGGAGAGGGAGGGAUGUUUCAUACACACACACACACACACACGUGUGUCAGUGUGUGUAUUGGAGGGGGAGCGCGUUCCAAAAGGUUACUAGCGUGGGAAUCAUAAUAACAUCUUAAUGAUGGCGGGAGAGGGGUGGGAUUUGGAAACCAGCAAUUUAGCCUGGUGGGUCUGUGUGUGUGUUCCACUGCAGUAGUGUGACUUAUUAGCACAUGCUUUAAUUGCAGGCUUUGCUGUUAUAAUGGUUGUGUUCUUUCGCAGCUGAAAGCCUAGAGGGGGGAGAGUGUCUUGGGACCCAAUUUUGGAGAGGAGGGGUGGAGAAGGAAGGGGGGGAAUUGCUUUGCUAAAUGUAGAUUUAUAUACAGUAUUUUAAUUGCCUGGCUGAACCAGAGCAAAGUGCAUCUAGUCCAGAAUUCUGCGCAGGAUCCUGGUCUAGAAUCCAGCCUGUUGGAUGCUUCAAAGUAGCUCCAGGAUAGCGCACUAAAGGGCCUUCUCUUGGUGCUUCUCUCCCAACAUCUGGAAUUCCAAGGAAUGCUGCUCCUGUUUAUGGAGGCUCAGUUAGCUAUAAUGACUUUCCUCCAUGGAAAGUGUUGUGGUUUCUAUGUUUUUCUAAAGCUGGAAGCCUUUGGCUCCAAAAAGAUAACAGGCACUCAAGGAGCUACUCAUUGAAAGGGCAAGUGUCUGGCACUGGCUCACCUACAUCGUCUUGUCACUCAUUUCCUAGAGCCCACCUCCCUCCCUCCUCUCCAUUGUGGUUUGAACAAAACAAAAAAAGCACUCUGUGCAUGUUCAGAGGACUGCUGCUUUCUCCAUUCCUGCAAUUACUGAUCAUAGAUUUAGGGACUUCCAUACACCCCUGGAGAAUGCUGAAGCUGUACAUGCACCCUAAGAAUCAGAAUGGGGACAGAAUCAAGAGUUCUUAGCUGGUGACCUAUUUCACCCCAGACAGCAGGAUCUUGGCUGGUUAUGGUAGGGGCAGGCACUUAUGGAUACGGUGGUACCUCGGGUUACAGACACUUCAGGUUACAGACUCCGCUAACCCAGAAAUAGUACCUCUGGUUAAGAACUUUACCUCAGGAUAAGAACAGAAAUCGCGCGGGGACAGCGGGAGGCCCCAUUAGCUAAAGUGGUAUCUCAGGUUAAGAACAGUUUCAGGUUAGGAACGGACCUCCAGAACAAAUUAAGUUCUUAACCCGAGGUACCACUGUACUUGCAAAUGCAGACCAGAACCUCAUGUGUUGCAUGACACAAUCUAGGCUAAGGCAUAAGAAAUUGGGGGGGGGGCAGGCUUCUUAUUUUAACUCUCAUCAUGUGCAUUCCACCCCCGCUCCAAUUUGAUAUUAACGUCUUCAUGGGCCGAGGAGGAGGGAAAAUCUGUGUUGUGUGAAUACACAGGCUAGAUCUCCCGCCUGCUCUGAUGACAGCAUCUCUGCUGAUGUCAGUGCUGUGACGUUGGCUGCUAAUUCAUCUAAUAUCCCAAGUAGAUUUGAAAUCGAGGGAGGACAAGCUGUGGUGCUGCUGCUGCAGAGGGUUUUUUUUUAUCCACCCCUGACAAGUCCCAGCACAGUGUGUGUGUGUGUGUGUGUGUGUGUGUGUGCGCAUUUGUCUUAUGCAAGCCCAACAGGACAUGGUGCCGCUUUGCCCUGCAGUUCACUUUCUCGGAAGUUAAGUGUGGGGAGACAUGGGGGAGGAGGUCGAAACGCAGUGUUCCGCAGGUUCCUUGCGUGGGUGAGGUACUCCCAGAUGGCUCGCAAGUCUGUGUACCAAGUGGCUGUUGUUCCUCUUUGUUAUUAAUCAUUUCUCAUUAAACUUGUAAUUAAUUUGUAAACCUUGAUCUCGUCUCGCUGCUGCUGCUCCGUGCGCAGAAUCUGCGAGGUAGAUCACUGGUGGGCCAUUUUUGGGGUGGGGGUGGGGAAAUGGCGCUUUUUAUUUAUUUAUUUACCUUUGUAUCCUGCCUCCUCCCCCCCCCCCAGGAUUUAAAGGUGGCAUGCAUACUUCACCACCACCCCUCCCAUUUUGUCCUCACAACAACCAUAGGAGGUUGGUUAGACUGAGAGAGUGAGCAACUGGUUUAAAGUCUCCAUGGCUGAGUGGGGAUUGAACUGUGGACUCUCAGGUCCUAGUCUACCUCUCUCUAACCACUACACUACAUGGAUGUCAUACCAUCUCUUGAUCUUUUUAUACCUCUUCCAAGUGCUGAGUCUUGUUCUCUGGACUGUACCACUCCAGGUUGGUGAUGAAGUGGGGUAUUGUGUAUUUUGAAGGUUCCCCUAUGUUUGUGUGUGUGUGGUGGUGGUGGGGGACUCCCAGAACACACACACACCCAAAAUGUAUAUGGGGGAGAAAGGAUCAUCCUAGCCUUCUCCCCAACAGGCUGGUUUUCUCUGGACAAGAAUAUUUGGGUGGGUAGGCGGGUGUCUUGGGUGGUGGGCUACUCAAAGAUCCAGCCCAUCCAGCGGCAACCAGCAGUGGAACAGUCCAGGGAGAGCUUUACCACUUGAGUCCAUGGACUGUAUAAAUCGUCCAGAGAAUGGGGAGGGAGAGAGACUUGGGUUCAAGUGAGACGACACAUACAGAAGGCAGUGGAAUCUUACCUCAGUAAUAGUGACAGGACAGGCGUCCUUCACCACACUAGCUUAGGGGGGCACCGUGUGCAAGCCCCAUAGCACACACCGACACACAGUAGCUCUGUCCUCCAGCGCCUCUCUUCUGCUCCCUGCCUUCCAGCAGCUGCACCUCUGAGGCAGCCAUCUCACUCUGCCCAUCAGUAGGGCUGGCCCUGUGUGCCUUCAGGGGAACUUAGGGGGCUGGGUGUGGCCAGACUGGCUGACCCUCUUUUCCGUGGAUCAAAGGUGGGAAAUGAAUGCAAUGAAUGUAGAAAUAAAUGCUGUGCAGCAGAAGAGUUGUGCUUCGGUGGGGGCGUGAGCUAACCUGUAGUGGCCAAUCAGCUUCCACCGGGAGCCUUUCCAAAGGUCUUUCUACCUAGUCAAAGAGCUGGAGAGCGGUUUUGAUACUAAUCAGGGACAGAAAGUACAGGAUUGGGGGGGCGGGAAUAAUGAGGCUUUUACCUGGAGCCAAUUCACACGUUUCUUUUAAAGCUUUUUUUUAAUGCCCAAGUUUAAAAGGCAGAGGGGAAAACAAAAACCCAUGCUCUGUGCACCUGAAAUAGGAUUCCGCAAAUCGUUUCUGCCACACCUCUAAAUACCAGCUUCUGGGCCUUGCAAGAACAGGAUACUGGACUCGAUGGGUCUUUGGCUUGACCCACCAGGGCUCUUCUUAAGUUCACCAGUAUUGGGGUCUAAAAGAGAACAGAGCUGUCCUCCAGCCCUGGUGCAUCAUUCAAUUACCGUAGAUGUGUGUGGAGGAGGCAGUUUCAUGCCUGAGGCAAAAUGUGUCCCAGCUUAUAAUCCUGACCCCUUCCCUCACACUGUGGAUUCACACAGGCAGGCACAAGCACACCCAGCCCCGCAUGUGGUGGUGGGAGGAUGGAGGAUGCUGCAGUUGCUCAGUGGUGAUGGCAAGAGAAUACUUCUCCUCCUCUCCUCAGGCCAAGCUUGACUCCUGACUUUUUUGGCACCUGUGGUGGAAGAACGCAAAUAACGCUUCCUGUCUCUGUUAGUUAACAUGGGAGACGGGAGGGUAUAGUACCACCAAGAUGGUCUUCUGCACAGGCUCCUUUGCGGUGCAUAGGCCUGUCCGCAAACACAACACGCCAGUUAGGGACUGUGCAAGAGGGUUUCACAAUUCAGUUUCUAUAGUUCAGUCCACACCUCACUGUGGGCCUGAUCAUAUUCUGGUCCCUGUAUGGAGCCCACAAUCUGGAUUCCCACAGCUCUUUUACUCAGAACUCAUGGAAGAGCUGCUCCCACCCUCCACCAUGAAGACGGGGACACCCUCCUCGUGCACUUCUGAUACCCUGGUUCUUACGCGACCAGUCGCUGCCUCAGAUCUUCCUCCCAUCAAAGACUGUGCAUUCCAGAAGGCCAUUCUUUGCCUGUCCGUGUAGACAACAACACACUCUUCUGUGCUGACUCCUGGAGCAGGAUGUGACCACAAACAUUAGUUACCCUAUUGACCAGACUUCCUCAAACUCAGCCCUCCAGAUGUUUUUGGCCUACAACUCCCAUGAUCCCUGUGCUCAUUUCUUAUCUGGUCUUGGGAGUGAAAGGAGGGAGGUGAAAUGGAAGCAGCUGGCUGGCUCCUUACACCUGUGUGAGUACGUUUACUUUCAUGUGUAAAUAUCGAACAUGCAUCUGCUCUGCUCCCUUUCAGAGAUCUAACGUCUAGACCAGGGGUCAGCAAACUUUUUCAGCAGGGGGCCGGCCCACUGUCCCUCAGACCUUGUGGGGGGCCGGACUAUAUUUUUUUUUGGGGGGGGGGGAGAAUGAACGAAUUCCUAUGCCCCACAAAUAACCCAGAGAUGCAUUUUAAAUAAAAGGACACAUUCUACUCAUGUAAAACACGCUGAUUCCCUGACCGUCCAUGGGCCGGAUUUAGAAGACGAUUGGGCUGGAUUCGGCCCCCAGGCCUUAGUUUACCUGUAGACGCCAAGGAAAGGGGGCUGAAACUGGAAGCGUCCCCUGUGUCUAUACCAAAGGCAAAACAAAACAGGGAUGAAAUGUAUGGACCAUGUCUCUUCUCUUCCUAGGAACAUAUAUUUAUAUACAGGACUAUUCCUGUUAAUUUGGGAUCAUUGAAAGCAGCCUUGCCAGCGCCUCUUCAAUUUGCUGCACUAGCUCAAUAAUAAUCAGGAACAACAACAAACUACAGAUGCCCUUCCAGCUUCCCCUCCUUGUCUCAAUCAUUUUUUCUCUUCCUUUUUAAGACCUUUUGCUCACCAAGCCCAGCCUUGAGCAGACGGCCUGCUGUGGAUUCAGGUUGCAGUGCCUUCUAAGGGAGCUUUGGCAGUCGGAGGGUGGCGGGGAGAAAAUAGGAAAGAGGGGGGGAAAUAAUGGGCCAGAAGGCAAAUGGGAGUGGAAAGAAAGCCACGAUUAACCACCUCAAAGCUUCUGAGCACAUGUGGAGAACUAGAAGAGAUUUCUCUGGCUUGUUCCAUCUCUGGAGCUCUCAGCUUGCCUGAUCUUAUAGUGUGUUUUUGAGCAAACAUGGUUGGUUUUGUGUUGUAUUUUUAAAGGCAAUUUCUAGGCUGCCUUAUUUUAAGGUGUGGCAUUUUGUGUGUAUGUGUGUGUUUUAAGUGACAGAGGAACAGGCAAACCCUUCUGUUCCUCCUUGAUCUGAUUUGAUGUCAAAGUGUCUUUGGAAAGAAAAGGGACCUACAUCAAGGAUCGUCCUGCAUCUUUACGAUGCGUAAGGAAUAUCUUUCUGCGGUCUUCACCGCAGCCCCUUAAGCAACGCAAAGAAUCUAACAGACACAGUGAGAGCCGUUCCGUCUGAUCUAUGCUUCCCCUGCCCCUCUUCAAGGUUGGAAGUAAAUUUAUAAAUAAAAGGCUUUAAAGUUCACAAGGAAUUGGCCUUGGAUUUCUCUGAAAGGAGAGGUGCUGGAGCUAGGGAUUGUAGCAGGAUCACUUCCUAGACUCUAAAAGCUUGCAGCCAGAAUAAUUCCCAGACUGGUUUGGCUGUUUAGUGACGGCAGAAAUAAGCUCUGUUCAUGCUCAGAGGUAGUACUCUCCCCUAUCAUAAACAUAUGAAACUCCUGUUUGCAGAGUCAAACACAUUGGUCAAUCUGGUACCCUGAGGUCUUGUCUUCAACCUGAAGAUGCCAAGCGUUGCACUUGAGACCUUCUGCAUUCAAGACAGAUUUUGUUGAUAAGCUCUAGUGAGCACUGGCUUAAUUUAAGCCAAGGAUGGGGAACCUUUAGAUGUUAGACGUUAGAUGUCCAGCUCUCUUCAGCCCUAGCCAAUGUGACUGAUGGUCCUCAAGGCUAAUGGAAGUUGUGGCCCUCCAAAUGUUGUUAGACUACGAGUUCCCCAUCCCUGAUUUUAGGUCUGAUAGCAGGAUCUGAAAGAGUAUUAAAACCAGUAUUGGGAAAUUUAGAUCCGUGUGUGUGUGUUUGCAAAUUUAACAAAAAACAUGGGGUAGGGAGAAACAGAAAAUGAAAAAAUGAAGGCUCUUGUUAUUUAGAUCCCUUAAAAGCAAGUGUAAAUAGAGCAUUUGGCUUGGAGCGGAGUCUGAGAGAGCUGUGUUCAAACCUCUGUUCAGCCAUGGUGUGGGCAACUGAGUGAGGCUGGAGAGGUUGAAGGUCGUGUGCUGAUCACUCACUAGGUUAGUGCACAAGGGAGCGGGUGGUGGGGCAGGCAUGGGUGCUGUGAAUGCCCCACCUUUGCUCGUCUAGGUUGUACCCGCUUUCACUCCCUCCUCGUCAGCGUUGCAUUGCAUUUCUUCCAUGCGCUGGACAUUACAGGAAGGGUGGUUGGAAAUUAAAAAUGGUGGGCCAAAGGGAAAGCGGUUUCCACCAAAGAAAAGGAGAAGAGCACCCAGCUUCUGCUUAUUCCUUUUCCUUGUAUUUGUAUUUCUUUGGGCUUUAUUGAUGUGUUACAUCUCUCACAGUUAGAAAGAGCACUUUCUGCGCUGACUUUCCUUAGUUGCUGCGAGCGUUUCAGACCCAAAAAGACGAAUCUGGCUCCACCUUAUUCCCUCUCCCUUUUCCAUCUAGCUCCCAUCGAUUCAGCACAGAUAAGAGGAACUGAGCAUGCCUUGCCUUGCAGAGCUACUGGCUCAGCUUCCUCCCUGUCUUUUCAGAGCAGGGAAGGCCUAUCACCAUAAUUACCCUGGCAGUGGUUUUCUUGAAGCCUGCUUGGAGGGCUUUAAAGGUCAAAACCAGCACCUUGAAUCCGGGAGCAAAUUGGCAGCCAGCCUAGCUGGCGUAUAAGAUCAGUGUCAUAUGAUCUGAAUCUGGUUGACUAGUUCCGUUCAGAACCCUGGGAGAUGCACAUCGAACCAAUGGAAGUUUCCAUGCUGUCUUCAAGGGCAGCCCUGCAAACAACCUAAUGCAGUAAUCUAGCCAGGAGGUGGCCAGGAUAUAAAUGACCGGGUCAGGUUCUCAAAGAAAAGAAAUACAGUGCAACUUGGAUAUAAGACAGAAAUGGGGAAAAGCACUCCUGGCUACCGCCUGGGCAUCUAGGAACAUGGCCAGAUUCAGCUGUGCUUCUAUACUGCAAUCCUUUUUAUUUUUAUUUUUUAAAAUUUAAAUACAGCACAUAAAAUGUGGCUGUUUAACCUUUUCUCUUUGACUUUUUUUUUUUAGAGUACAUCAUUAUAGUAAGUGUUACCAGUUAAUGCAGUCGUACCUUGGAUCCCAAACGCCUUGGGAUUCAACUUUGUUGGCAUAUUAAUGAGAAACUACCCUAAUCCACACUUCUUGGCCAAUAUGCAAAACCAAACCACAGCUCCCCUUUAAAAUGCACACUACGUCUAAGGUUGCAAUGAAGUUCCCCAACCCACCAAUGUCUACAAAAAUGCAUUUACAGUCGUACCUUGGAACCCAAACACCUUGGUACUCGGACGUUUUGGCUCCUGAACACCGCAAACCCAGAAGUGAAUGUUCCGGUUUGCAAACGUUCUUCGGAACCCAAAUGUCCGACGUGGCUUCUGAUUGGCUGCAGGAGCUUCCUGCAGAUAAUCCAAAGCUGCACUUUGGUUUCUGAAGGUUUUGGAAGUCGAAUGGAUUUCCGGAAUGGAUUCUGUUCGACUUCCAAGGUAUGACUGUCAUUACAAUUUUUAACCUAAUGUAUUUUGUAUAAAUGAGUUCCAAAUUUCAUUAUACUUGUCCAUGCAGGGUCUACAUCCUAUACUGUCACCCUGCAAUUUUAGAGAGGGGGAGCCUGUUGAGUACAGCUACUUCUAGAUUGCCAAAUGAUAUUAUUAAGUAAAUAAGUAAGUAAGUAAGUAAGUAAGUAAGUAAUUGUUUAUACUGCCAUUCAUCCGUAGAUCUCAGGGUGGUUCACAACAUAAAAUCACAAUAUAACCCCCCCACACACACACAAAAUCCAUGAUUAAAAAUAAAAACAAGAUCAAACCAAUGAUCCCUUCCACUUUGCCUCCUAAAUCCUAAUGACUGCAGCCAGGAGCCUGAAACAGCAAUGAAGACAACACUGUACCUUGUGGUACACCAUAGGGCAAAGACCAUGAGGAUGAAACACAGUACAGGAGCCGCUACUUCUGGGUUAGCAGAGUUCGUAACCUGAAGUGUUUGUAACCGGAGGUACCACUGUACUGUACAGUGGUACCUCGGGUUAAGAACUUAAUUCGUUCUGGAGGUCCGUUCUUAACCUGAAACUGUUCUUAACCUGAGGUACCACUUUAGCUAAUGGGGCCUCCCGCUGCCGCCGCGUGAUUUCUGUUCUCAUCCUGAGGUGAAGUUCUUUUUCUUUUUUUCUUCUUUUUUUCCUGAGGUAAAGUUCUUAACCCGAGGUACUAUUUCUGGGUAAGCAGAGUCUGUAACCUGAAGCAGCUGUAACCCUAGGUAUCACUGUAUCUCAGUGCUGCUCUCUAGACAUGACUCUUUAGGUAGGAGUGGAACCAAUGUAAAUAAAUGCCUAUCCUACAAGCUGGUCCAAGAGGACAUCAUGGUCUGUGAUAACAAAAGCCAUGAUGAGAUUGCCAAGCAGAAUCGGAGCCACCUUCCCCCAUCCCACUCUUGAUAUGGGUCCUCCAUCCUGGCGACCAAGCCUGAUUCAGUCCCCAAACUGACGGUGAACGCCACCCGUCAGACAGCAGCAGCCCCAGUCCUAGUUGCUGCUGGGACUGACACUGACAGUAAUGUCCAAGUCUGAGCAGCUGUAAGCAAUUUCUUCCGCAAAGUGAACCACCCAAUUGAUCACAGCAGGCCUUUUAGACACGUGAAAUCAGAAAUCACCAGCUGGUUCUGGAUCACGGUCAAUUACUUUAGGAGUCAACAAAAUCCAGCCACGUUUUUUGUUGUGGCCGGCACAGUGCAAAAGUAGCCACUUUCUAUGCAAUUUGUUUGUUACCAUUUGCAAGCAAAAGGACUCCUCCUUGUAGGAGUCAGUGCCCUUCAAGAGAAUGGUAAGGAAUUUAACCUGGGCAUUUGCAGCUACAGGGACGAUCUGGACGUGAAGUGAGAAACAGUAACCAUUUGGCCAGUGCCAUGAACACAGGCGCAUCUAAAAUUGCACCUGCUCCCUCCAUGGUUUUUUGUUUAAUUGUUUGUUUAGAUGCUAAGAUUGCUUUUGUAGAGUGAGUUGGUUGUCAAACGGAAUCCAUUAGAAAGCUGGGCCCGUUAGCUGCAGGUUUCUGGUGUAGAAACUACAGUGGUACCUCGGGUUAAGAACUUAAUUUGUUGUGGAGGUCCAUUCUUAACCUGAAACUGUUCUUAACCUGAAGCACCACUUUAGCUAAUGGGGCCUCCUGCUGCCACUGCGCCGCCACCAUGCGAUUUCUGUUCUCAUCCUGAAGCAAAGUUCUUAACCCGAGGUACUACAGUGGUACCUCAGGUUAUAUACGCUUCAGGUUAGACUCCGCUAACCCAGAAAUAGUACCUCGGAUUAAGAACUUUGCUUCAGAAUGAGAACAGAAAUUGCGCAAUGGCGGUGCGGCGGCAGUGGGAGGCCCCAUUAGCUAAAGUGGUGCUUCAGGUUAAGAACAGUUUCAGGAUAAGAACGGACCUCUGGAACAAAUUAAGUACUUAACCCGAGGUACCACUGUAUUUCUGGGUUAGUGGAGUCUGUAACCUGUAGCAUCUGUAACCUGAGGUACCACUGUAUAGGAAUUAUAAUUUUUAAAAGCUUAGCCCAUGGGUAGGCAAACUAAGGCCUGGGGGCUGGAUCCGGCCCAAUCGUCUUCUAAAUCUGGCCCAUGGACGGUCUGGGAAUCAGCGUGUUUUUACAUGAGUAGAAUGUGUCCUUAUAUUUAAAAUGCAUCUCUGGGUUAUUGUGGGGCAUAGGAAUUCGUUCAUUCUCUCCCCCCCCCCCCCAGUAUAGUCCGGCCCUCCACAAGGUCUGAGGGACAGUGGACUGUCCCCCUGCUGAAGAAGUUUGCUGAGCCCUGGCUUAGCCUCACGAAAUGGGCUGGGCAUGAGGGGCCCUGCACACUGAGGCACCUGCCAUGUUUGUGCAUUGUUCCAUCUGACAAAAUAGUUACCGGGAAAUAAGUGCGUUUCCGUGGCAGGAAUAUGUUGAAAUGAAACUCUGAGGGAAGUAAGAUUCCCCCGCAUCAGCACCACACCCAUGAAGAGAGCUGUGCCUUGAAGAGACAUCUGGACACUCUCCUGCUGGAUUUGUUAUGCUGCAAAUGCAGUAAUCUAGAAAGGCUUGCGGUUUGGAGUUUGGGGGCCCAUAGGAGAUGAUAGCAGGGGAGGCUAUGUAAGUAAGUAAGAGGCAUGGCACACAAGGUAGAGACCAAGGAAGGAAGAAUAGAUAGCCACUGUCCCGAUACACUGGAACCUUUAUGCAGCGCCUUCCAAAAAUGUUUUCAGUCAUGUACCUCCCAUCAUGAGGUCGAGAAACUUGCCAUUUUAGUAAAGGAAAGCUAUUCUCAGCAAUCUUAAGCAACAAAAAGGGAGAAGGCAAAUAGGACUGAAUAUGAACCCAGGGUGGGGAAAGUGAGGGACAAAUUAGAUGUUGCAUGCAAAUAAACAUAAACCCUAGGCGGUGGUUUGUUUUAAUGAAAAACAAGCUCACUAGGCAGCAAUUUUGAGCAGAGUGCCUAAGGAAACUCUUUGUUGGCUGUUUUCCUCCUCAAGAUCCUCCCCCACCCCCACCCACGACGGCUUUGCCUCUGCCGUUUUGGGCUGGCAGUUUUUGAACAGAAAGAGCUCACCGUUCGGCUACCACCACCACCGCCUUGCUAAAAAUUGCAGUCCACCGAGGCUGCUUUUCUGCAAACCAUUUGUGGGGUCCCACCUGGUGGUCCUUAAAAGUUUGAUGCGAGUUGGCAAGGUGUGUCUUCCUCUUCCCCAGGGUCCCUUGGCCAUAUUUUCCUUGAGGAACUGGUUUGGGAAUUCAGAGGUUUGGAAUUUUGCAUAGCCAUAUACGUCAGUCUUGCCAUCUCUGUCAAAGGGGCUUUUUCAGACAGUGGGGAGGAGUUUGAGUUUGGAGCUACAGUUUUGCAUACAAUGGGUAGAAAGAAUUUUGUCCUUGGCCUAGAGAAGGGUCUACAGUUAGGAAAGGAUACAGAUAGCGGGAGAAACUGGAGGGACUCUCAGGCAAGAUGCACUCACGGGCCCCAAGGGAGACUGUUCACUGUCAAACAGCUCUUAGUGUCAGAAAGUUCUCCUGAUAUUUAGCUGGAAUCUUUCUUGUAACUCGAAGCCAUUGGAUCGUGUCCUAGCCUCCAGAGCAAGAGAAAGCAAGGUUGCUCCAUCCUGCAUGUAACAGCUCUUGAGAUAUUGAAAGAUGGCUAGCGUAAAUCAAAGGAUUGAGCCCACCCAUAAGGGGAGGGGGUGGAAAUACUGAUGCAAAGUGUCUACUUCACACACAACUUACCGGAUUAUUCCCAGAUCAGGGACAUUCAAAUUCAGAGGGAGAAAUGUGUGAGAUUGCAGUUCUUUGCAGUGGAUGAUGCUAAAUUAAUCAAAACAGGACCAACUUUGGUUCCACGUGAUACCCCGGUGCGGACAACAAGCCAUCUGUAAGGAUGAGAUGUGUGAAGAAAUGGUAGGGGAAAUGUUUUUAGCCAUGUCCUUGUUGAUCUGGCAGGGGAAAGAGGCAGAACACUGAGGCAGAAGGCUGACAGAGGAACAGGGAAAAGAUCAACCCUGAAUAGGCAUGGAAUCUUGUGUGAUUAUUUGCGCAUCCUGAACACUGCGCAUUGGUAGGCAAUGGCAGGCACCGGGAGGGGGGGUGGUAAGCAGCAGGCUUUGGCACUGUGGAUGUCAGAGGAGAAAGGGGGGGGAAGAGUAGUUGAAAACAUCCCCAAAGAUGUGAGUCUAUGUCUGAGCUCUGUGUGGGAGACAUAACCGGGUGACGGUGGGGAGGUGAGCACAGCAGGAAGUUCAACAUUGUAUAUGGUUUCAUAAAUAUGGGGGAGGAGGCUUUUUUUAUAUAUUUUGAAAGGGUGGGAGCUGAAUCUCCCAUGAGACUUUUAUAUGCCAAGCUGUUUUCACAGCAGCUGGGUUAAAAAUAGCUCGUAGGGGCUGGAGCCAUACGUCAAGAAAUAUUAGGUUUUUUAGCUGUGUCUUGGCAGGAUCCUAGGAUCGUUGCAGAGGGUGAAUAAGGGAGAAAUGGCAGCGCCUCCUGUUUAGGAAGCUGAAGCAGGAGCAGGGAAGUUGUUUUCUUGUCCUGAGCUUAGACAUGCGUAAUGCGGGCGCUGGGUGAAAGGCAGGAGUGCCCCCACCUCAAUAGAAGUAAAUUUGUGCCAGUCCUAGGGAUGGUGUGGGGGAGGCCAGCUUGCCCAUAUUACUCCCCACCAAUAGUUCUGUGUAGCAUGCAGUCUCUUCUGCCAGAUCCUAGGGUCUAGUGCUUUCCUUUUUUGGGGGGGGGAACAAGUUUCUAGUCCUCAUUGUGGCUUCCAGUCUUGUUCCAUUACUUCAAUUCCACCUUGUGCUUUUUCACUUGCUCAUAGCUUUUCUCUGGCAACCGUACAUCUGGCGGAAAACCUUCAAGGCUAUGUGCUUUUAAAGCAUGCAAGCACACCCCAGAGAAUCACGUGAAGUGUAGUUUGUCAAGGAUGCUGGGAAUUGGAGCUCUGUGAGAGACAAACUAGUUUCCAGGGUUAUUGGGGUGGGAAAGUGCUUUAAAUGUAUGGUGUGUACACAGCCAAACCUUUCUCUUGCUUCUGCCCAAGAGGCUACAGUUCCUCCUGUCUAAACAGCUGAUGGACUUAGCAGCCGCUUCCAGACUGUAAUGUUUGUGUCCAGUAACAGGCACCAAGAAUGGAGAAUAGUGUUGUUGUUUUUUAAAGAAAGAGUUUUAUUCAGAAAAACCUCUUAACACCCUCUGCAAGAACUGAAACUAAGAGCCUAAGGAACUGCCCAGGUCAAUUGACUCAGAGCAAGUUCUCAAAUUUUCAAGUCCUUGACAGCAAAGGAGUGUCACUAUAGCUCUACAAUCACACAGACUGCUGCCGUUUUUUGGAGGUGCAAUGUAAAUUUGCAUCCUGGCAAAUUCAGGUUGCACAGUUGGGCCUUGUGCAGUAAGGAAAGUGAUGGGGAAACACACACAAAAUUUGUGGGAAUAUCAUUUGCUGAAUGCAUUGUGUACCCUCCUGGUUGGAGCAGGUGGGAAUCAAAACAAGUACUCAAUAAACAGCAGACGUCGGAGAACUUCCCUGCAAGCAAAUCGGGAUGUAUGCUGGAAAAAAUGGGUUGUACAGAGGCGACCUUGAUCUGCCUUCCCUGCGCGGGGAGAGGGCAUGUGAUGUUUCUGAAGAGUGGGAGCAGAGCGGUGUAUCCUUUGCAGAGCUCUUUUCUUUGGAACAGAACACAUGGGAUUGAAUCCAGGCUUUGAAGCUGGGCCUCUUUUCAGCUUUUCCACAGAUUUUCCACAAAGUCGGAGCAUGUCUCCAGCUGGUGCUUUGUUUUAUAAAUGAAAGGCACCGAUGCCAGAAACAUUAGCCUUAGUCUUAUAUGUGUGGGGGCUGGCACUCUGUUUCAGAUGGACAGAUCCGCAACAUACAUUUAAAACACACCCCAAAAGCACAUUUAAAGUACGUUACUCCUCACCCCACCCCACACACAGAGAGAGAAUUCUGCAAACUGCAGUUUCCCUGUCACAGAGUUAGUCUUCCCAGCAUCCUUCACAGAUUAGUUCCCAGGGUCCUCUAGGGGAAGUCAUGUGCAUUCAAUCUGUGGUGUAGGUCUUCCCAGUGGGGAGAAAGAGGGGCUGUGGACAUGCCUGGUGCUGCUGCUUCCUCCGUCGCUAUCUGUGCAUUCCAGGGCAGCCUUGGAAAGAGAUUCAAGAGGUAACCUUUUCAUGGCUUAUUCAAGUUUCCAGUCCUUUAUGCUGAAGCCUCUUCGCUGUUCCCCACCCUGUGGUUGUACUUUCAAUGAACAUGGCUUUCCACAAAGAGCAGACCCGUCAUAUUCGUGGAUUUAUAGAAGCCUUCCCAGCUUCUGAUUUCAUCCAGGAAUGUCCUGUUCCUCCCCCACCCUUUCCAUUGUGGCGAAUAGCCAUGGAUAGACCUGGCUGCCUUAUAUCUCUUGCAGCAGGGAGUUCCAUAAGUUAAUUGCAUGCGCAAAGGAGCAGCAUUCUUAAAGGUACAGUUGGACAACAGAGCUCUCCUUGCCUGCAUCUUUGCUGUGGCCCAUCAGGAGUGGAGAAUUUUUCUUCUGUCACCUUAGGGGAGAUCAGCUGAGGGUGGGCAGAGCCAUGGGCGUAGCCAAGGUAGGGCAGGGAGGGGCAGCUGCUCCCCCAAUCAAUAAAAAUACAUAGCAAACUGAAGUUCUGCCCCCCCCCCCCAAAUCCUGGCUAUGCCCAUGGGCGGAGCAGCCCCAAAAGUGGGUGGAGCUAGAACCAAAGUGGGUGGGGCUCACACAUUGCAACAACUCUGAAGAGCAAGAGAGAUCCCAUAGCUUCUGGAAGGCUACCUGCAAUUACUAAGGCUACCAGAUUUUUUUUCAAUGAAUCCAGGGACACUUUUCAGCUACAAUGGAUUUUGUAUGGGGACUGAUGUGUAAAUCCGGGGACUGUCCCUAAGAAACGGGGACGUCUGGUAACCUUAAAUUAGACCAUGGGCCACAAGUUGCCUGACACCAACCCUGUCCUCUCUCUUAACCUCCUCCUUUUCUGCCUAAUAUAGAUUUGUAAGUCCUUCAGCAAGGAACAAUUCCAUUUCUCUGUGCUUUGUGCCAGUGGUGUAGCGUGCUCUGCUGGUGCCCGAAGUGGGGCGCAGAGGGUGAAUGGAGCCCACUGCGCCAGCCCAGCCCUUGCUGAUGCCAGAGUGACCCUCCCCUCACUUAAGUCAGGCAGGGUCAGGUACCCGCCUGGCUGGCCGCCAUGGCCUGUGUAUCAUUCCAGCCUCGCAAAGCGGCUCAUGGCUCGUAAGGCGGCAUGAGGAGCCAAAUGUGCAGUGUCACUCCCUCCUGGAAAAAUGCACCCAGAGCCUUCGCCCCAGCAACCCCCGCUAUGCUCCUGUUCUGUGCAGCAAAUAGUACAAAUAGCCGUGUCUGAGUCUGACCCAUCGGCAGGCUGGGCUCCUUGCAGCCCCCGUGCUCAUGGGGCAAGCACCAAGGUGCAUUUCAGGCCCAGCAACCAGCUCCCAGCAAACGCCCUUGUCGCUCAGCUGGCAGGAGCUGCUGCUCCCUGGGACCAUGUGAGGUGUUGCGGCUUCCAUUAGCAGUGCCUGGCUUGGGAGCAUGGCGGUGGUGUCUCUUUUUCUCUAGCGCUCUCGCUCUCGCUCCAAUGGGCCCGGCUCAUCAGCCAUAAGUGGAGCUGAAAGCUUUUAAGCUCAGACUGCAGAGCCAGCUGGGUCCCCUGCUGAUGCAGCAGAAAGGCAGCCCCAGUAUGGUGAGCAGGCACUCUCUCCCCUUCUCUCUCACCUUGACCCCCCGCCACUCCUUCCCCAGUGCUUUAUGCUUCUCUGUACUUUCAUUGCUCUCCUGUUUUCGCAUACUGGGCUUCAGGGCUCAGUCCCACGGCCUGCUUUGAAAGCCAAGCAAAGCAGCAAUAGAAAUAGAGUGCCUCUGAGGAGGUGCCGAGUGCCUCCUUCUCAAAGACAUCCCAGACCCAGAGUUGCAUGCAGGCUUUAAACCUGUGUUGGUUGUGUGCAAUCACUUUUUGGGGCUUGAUCUUCCCAAACUUUGUUUUUUAAACAAAUAUGGUUUAAAAGGGAUUUGUUGCACGCCCAUCCUGCUUUUGCUGCUGGCUCAGGCUUGGGGCUGUGAUUUCCUGGGAUGUGAUUUCUCAAACUCUUCUGGCUCUCUUAAACAACAACAACAACAACAACACUAUUGUCUGUCUCCAUAUUUAUUCAGUAGCAGCUAUUCAGGAUUGAUACUCAGUGGUUCAGAAGUUACACUCUGCACAUGCUUAAGGGCACCAUCAUCGUUACCAUUUUUCAACAGCAGCAUCUUGAUAUGGGCCAUGACAGAAUAUGCUGUGCUCCAGGCAAGCCAGGUGCCAAACCCUCCCGGGUUGAAGUCCUACAUCUGCAAAAGGCUUUGGAUUGUUUCAAAGAAUCAGUUGUGGUUUAGCUGCCACUUGGUUCAUCCUGCCCCCGUGCCCCUGACUGUAAUAAGUGAUGUUAUCGUUCAGUUGCAUACUGAAGCAAGGCACCGUCUGCCCUGCCCUGCUUGUUUGAAUGUCUCUGUGUUUUGCAGGAUUCUGGUAAAAAUCAAAAGUUAAGAGACCCUGCAGGCUUGCUGUGACUCUUCAGACCUCCCAUAGCAUGUAGCUACAGGCAAGCCAUAACGAUUUUGCAGCCUCAGUGGCCCAUUCAUAAAACAGGAAUAAAAAUCAGUCCCGUGUGUACGUUUCAAUUCCAUGGGAGAUCAGGAUAGGUGCAGAAUUCGGUACCGGGUGCAAAAUCCAACCUUAUUAUUAUUAUUAAAUAGCCCUUAUGAUUGUAAAAAUGCACUUUGUAUUGGCAAUACCAGUUGAAAUCUCCAAAGCCAGAGAAGUGGCUGCAUCAGGGACAGGUCUCGUCGUCACUAGCAAAAGCAGAGUGAGCACUGCAGAAUGAGACAUUUAAAAGAAUCAAACAAAUAUAGAACUUAUGGAGGUAACCGAAUCCAAGCCAAUGUUUCAUAUUUCUCUAGUGCAACGCACGCACACGCAGCCCUGAUAAUAGUGACACCCUGUUUUCACAGGGUUCCUUCUCACGCAGAUUUUUUAAAGUGCUUUGCACAUUUCCAUUGCUAUACAAACAGUUUUGGGGGCUUCUCUUGUUUUUAAAGGAGUGAAACUGGAGAAGAUGUUAUGUGCGCUUGGAUGGUGGCCAGUUUAUGUGGCAAAUGGAUUCUUUCCCCUCUGGAACAGUAGCUGGAAAAGGUGCCUGGAGCAGCUAAGCAGUUAUCUGCUACCUAAAUGCAGCCGCGCUCUGAGCUCUCUCUCUCUCUCCCCCCCCCCCCCCAUGCUGGGUCUGUCUCCAGGGCCAGCCUAACCCAUUAAGCAGCGUAGGCACUUGCCUGGGGCUACAUCAUUCCAGAAGGCUGCAGGCAAACCUGCUUGGGGGGGGGGGUGCCUUUCUUCUUCUCACCCUCGGGCCCCUUAGGAUAACAUGAAGUGUGGAGGUAAUUCUGCUCCCUCCCCCGUUGACGCAACUUCUUUCCCACCAUUCCAAAAUGGAGCAAAAGUCCCUAGGAUUUGUGCCCACAGCAGGAAAGUAUUUACUUUGGCUGCUGCUGGUGGCGGAAGCAGCAGCGGCAACAACAUUCAGCCAAAGUUCCCUGCGAGAUUCUGACCUGCCUUUGCACUCCAGCCUUGCGCUGCGAACCGCUUUCUGGGCUGCGUGCAGCUGCCUCCCAUCUGCCAGACCUCUGCAUGGCCCUGAGCCGCAGAGGAGGGCAGCAGGUGCUGGGGAGCGCCGCCUCUUCUGCCCCACCAGGCGCCUUGGCAUCUAGGGUGUAAUGAAGCACCUUGCAGCUGGGGCAGCUUCCCUCCCUCUCUCUCGAAACUUGAUUUCCCUUUCGCAGUUCUGUUCACUCAGCUGGUUCCCGACCCUAAAAAUACUCCUGCUAAGCUGCCAUCUAAUUGCCAGCCUUCCUUAAUGCUUCUUUUCCUGCCUUGUCGGCGGCUAAUCAGCUAACUUUUCCUUCCUGGCACAACUAUUGCCACGCUGUUUUAUUCCUCCCUCCCCUCCUUUUAGAUGCAAGGCAUAUGCCAUUAGAUUGGCAAUAAAUCAGCAGCAACAGCAGCCACUUGGAUCACUGGGGAGAAAUCCGGACUUGGGUCUGGGUUCAAAUCCCACCUCUGCCAUGGGUUUCUUGCAAGGCCAGGGGCACACUCUUCCGUCUUGAGCUCCUUCCCCAGUCUGUAAAAUUCUUAUUAUUUAUUACAUUCAUAUACUGCCCUUCGACCAAAGAUCUCAGAGCGGUUCACAAGAUGAAAACACUGGAUAAAAGCACAAAAUAAAUGUCUUAAAAUGAGCAUAACGGUAGUGACCCUGCCACAGAGGGACAGCAUACAUAAUAUCAAUGAAGACUGUAAACUGCUUAAUGGUGCUAAGCGGGUACAUAGGAAUAUACUGAGUCAGACCACUAGCACAUCAACCUUAGUGUUGUCUGCACUGGUCGGCAGCUCCAGUCUUUUCUAGAGACGCCAGGGAGUGAACCUGGGACCCUCCUGCAUGCAAAACAAGAUGCUCUACCCUGAGCGAUGGCCCUUUCCCAAACCACAGAAGUGUGGGCUGUAGCUAAUAGCUUUGAUUCUGGGCUCAGCAGUAUUAAUACCUACGCACUGAAAAACGAGCGCUGGGCUUCCGGAUUGAGCAUGUCCUUUGCUCAACAUGAGGUGGCAAUAUAACCAAGAUACCCUCUGUUACCUUUUUGCCAGCCCUGGACUCCAGCACAGCCAUUAGCCAGCUGUUGUGUAACAGACUUAGCUGAGUCAACUUGCUGGCUGAUCUGCCAUUACUGGUUGGGAAUAGAUGAUGAGAAAAAGCAGAGCGCAUGGAGUGCGCCAGAGCCCAGACAUUGCAGCAUCUGUGUCGGAACUCCUGCCCCCACAGCAAUAAGCAACGGGCUGUUGCUGCGAUGAGCUGGCCUGUUCCUCCAGGCCCACAAACUGGCCCGAGUGUGCUUAAUUGUUGUCUCUUGUCUGUGUCUUCCUUGCUUUAUUCUUGCCAUGCCGAGACAGGCAGGAAAAGCAUACAAAAUCCUCCUUGCAGCAAGUUAACAGCCUUCGCCUUUCCAUGGUAAAGUCUUCCUUGCAGGAAGAAAAGCGGCGUAGGGAGAAGGAUGGCUUUUAGGAGAGAGAUGGCCUGCAGGGUUAAGUAUCCCCCUCCUUCCUUGCCUUCGACUCCCCCUGCCCCUUCCUCCCCACUAUCUAAUUUGGAGACGUUCAUAACUGGAUAUUUUUUGUAAAUCCAGGACACGUGUCUCCUGGUUCUCAUCUAGUUUGAACAGGGUUAAAUUGAUGAAACAAACCCCUGUGUUGCAAAGAGAACGUCAGCAAUGUCUAGGCAACACGAUGACCAUGUACAUACGCAAUAGACAAUCUUUUACAGAAUUCCUUCAAACCAUAACAAGUCCAAAAUGAAAUCUUUAGUCUCAAAGUCUCGGAAAAUCUUUAAAUGAAGCGAGGUACCAGACUUUGUACGAUGAAAGACAAGCUGUGAAGCUUUGUGUAUUCAGCACAUAUGAUGUCCAACACUGAACAGUGAUUCCGGAUAUUGACUUCUGUUUCGUAGACUUCUUUGUCAGCGUGGUGGGAAGAUGUAGAAUUGCUUCAUAAACCCAUCUUAUUUCAAAUGAAUGUAUGUGAAUGGAAAGAUCAAAUGACAACAAUAAUACAUGAGCACUGUUCCACAGCAUUUGAUAUUUUCAUUCACAUACAUUUUAUUCAAGUUGGCACCUUUGUCACAAUAUAAGUCAAGGCAUCCACAGUUCAAAUGUCAGCCCAGCUAUAAACCCACCGAGCGGCACUGAACACUUGCCUCUGAGCCUCAGUUUUGGGAAAUAUAAUGGGCAUUUGCUGGCAAUUUUUGUUAGGCAUAUUAUAAAGACUACAGAGCUAGGACUGCCUCUUUCCAUAUGAACCUACCCGGACCCGGAGAUCAUCUUCUGAGGCCCUUCUUAGUGUGCCUCCUCCUCGAGAGGUCCGGAGGGUGACAACACGAGAACGGGGCCUUCUCUGCAGUGGCACCCCAUCUGUGGAAUGCUCUCCCGAGAGAGGUUCGCCUGCUGCCUUCAUUUUACACCUUUAGGCACCAGGCAAAAACGUUCCUUUUUAACCAGGCCUUUGGUUGAUCCAAUUUACAUCCUAUGCCCUUUUAAAAUGUGUUGGGGGUGGCUAUUGGGUUGUUUAUGUUUUUAUUAGGUAUUUUGCCCCUUCCCACUUGAAUUUCCUUCCCUCUGCCAUAUAUGAAGCCUCAUACAUCUGCUGGCUUCAGACACCUUUUUCGUAUGUGCUUUCCCUGACCUGCAAGAUGAGAUACUCCCCCUGUUAUUACUGAAAGUUUGUUUUUAUAAUACUUUUUUGUUUGUUUGUAUCUGUUUCCAUGGUGCUUUUGCCUUGUAUUGGUGCAUAUUGCUUAGAGAGCUUUUUGAGUAUUAAGCAGGUUAGAAACGGCUUUUAAAUCAAUCUAAAAAACGAAUAUAUUACGCAUUUUGAGCACUUCUCAUAGUCGUUUCCCGAUACGGUUGUUUGUUCUCAAGGCUUGGGAGGUCCAGUAACGGCCCAGAGAAAGCUCGGCAAACUUUCUACUUGUGUCCCCCUCCCCGCAAAGCGUAGCUUUUCUUAUUUUCUCCUCUUUCCCCCACCCUCUCUCCCACCUGCCCUUUAGCUGCAGCGUUUCAAGCGCUCCCUCUCUCUCAAAACCAUCCUGCGGAGCAAGAGCGUUGAGAACUUCUUCCUGCGCUCCAACAGCGAGUUCAAGCUCCCCUCCGACGUGCUCCUCAGCCCCCCAGAUUCCCUGCCGCCACCGUCUCCGCCGCCGGCCCUCACGGAGGCAGAGCACUCUCCCAGAGCGACCCCCAGGGCUCUGGCCCCCCUCAAGCCCAUUAAGACGCACAGCUUCCAAGAGUACAUCUUCAAGAAGCACAACCCUUGCGAAAUCUGCCACCAGCUUAUCGUAGGUACGUAUUUGAAGGCCUCUUGCUCUCGGGUCCUGACUCGCGCUUUGCAGUUCUGGCUAAUACAUGUGCGCCUACACACACACAGAGAGGUACCCUCGACUCUUGUCAUCUUUCUCUUCUGCCCUUUACCACCGGCAUCUGUGGCUGUCUUCAAAUGUUGCAUUAUGGCUAGAUGUGGAGAUGACCUUUUCGGCCCUAGCUUUUGCAUCCUUAAUAAGCAUUAGUUAUUUGACGCUAGAAGAUGCUGGCGCAAAUGAGCCUCAGUGGAUGCCGGGUGCUAGCGUAACUCAUCUGUUUGGGAGCGGAGGCUUUCGCAGCUGGGAUGCAGCCAGCGAAGGAGACAUCCCAGAUUCUGCAGCUGGCUGGCGAGAAGCUGCUAGAGGGGGAAUUGAGGCAGGAGGGGCUCAGUGGUGGCCAUGCCAUUUGCUUUCUGCAUAUUACAUAGGUGCCUGCCGCCUCCUCCCAGUUCCUCGACAUCUUUGUUCGUAAAUGAGCAAGUAUUUCAAAAAACGCCUCCAGUUCUCACAACGAAACUGACCUGGUUAACAUCGAAGCAUCUUAUUGCAGGAGGAAGCGAAGUGUAGGAAACAGCUGCAUCUCUCUGUACAAUAGGUGGUGUUUUCUAUCAGACUACUCUUAGGCAGUGUUAGAACGAGGAUAGAAAAGCUGUUCGCCUCAUGGCUCCUGGGUUAUGGGUGCAAAAAUAGAAAGUCUAGUUGCCAUUGAGUCCUUUUUUACAAGGGUGACUUGGGCUGCGGCCGGGGAAGCGGCACUUCGCUGUGCAGCAGCGAUCCUAUUUUGGAGUCGUGAGGGAACGCGUUUCUCCUCCUGUGCCUUCAGCACCACCAGUGGCAGUUUUAUUCUUGAGUCUCAGUCGCCGUACAUGGCAGCCAGACUUCUCAAAGGGCUCGCAUUCUGACAAUCCCCAGUCGCAAAAUGCGCCCAGCGCCUGGCUAAUUGGAAUCCUAGGAAGCUGCAUUAUACCGCCUCAGAUCAUUGGCCAAUCUAAGCCCAGUUCUUUUGGCAACAGCUGACAGCAGCUCUCCAGGGUUUCUUCCCUGAACUUGGGAUCUUCUGCAUGCAGAACAUGUGCUGCACCACUGAGCUAUGCCCCUUCCUCCCUUUGUCUCCUUUCUUGUGGAAAUUUUCUCUCCCCAGUUCAUAUUAUACACACACACACACACACACACACACACCCCACCUGCACAGGACCUUGUGAACGUAAGAUCCCUGUUGGAUCAGACCAAAGGACCAUCUAGUCUAGCAUCCCACAGGGACCAGCCAGCUGCUUCUGGGAAACCCAUGAGCAGAGCAUGAGCGCAAAAUCCCUCUCCCACUGUUCUCCGCCAGCAACUGGCAUUCAGAGACAUGGUGCCUCUGAUCCUGAAGGUACAGUAUAUAGCCGUUGUGAGUUAUGAGGACUCGUAUCUGCUGAUAGCCACAGAAUUGUACAAGGGACCCGGAGGGUCAUCCAGCCCAAGCCCCUUACCCUCCAUAAGGACCCAAAAUGAAGUGAAGGACAUGAGGCAGGAGUUGGUAAUGCAGGUGAGCUGUGCACAAGCAAGCUGCCAGCUAGCUCUGCGGAAGCUCCUUUUAUUGGCACAGUAUGCAAAACCAGAUACAUUUGGACUGUGACCUUUACACAUCUUCCAAUCCCGAGAUCGUGGGGUGGUGCAAGGUUAUUUUGGCACCUGUUUCCACAAUGACAUUUUCCCCUUGCACAAUGUAUGAUGAAGCAGACAAAGGUCACAGGCAGGGCACGGUAGACCACUAAGAGAGCAAAGGGUUAGAUAGAGGACAAGAUGUUCAGACAGCUGUGGCUUUAUCUGUGGGGGGGGGGAGUGUGCUCCACACCCCAAGGUCACGCGUGCAGACAGCUGAGGCUGCUCGCAGGCUGCCCAGCGAUCAUUCCUACUCCAAAAUAUCUCUGUGUGUUUGUUUUGCCUCACAGGGAACUCCAAGCAAGGCCUCCGAUGCAAGACAUGCAAAGCCAGCGUUCAUUUGUGGUGUUCAGAAGAGGUUUCCCACCAGCAGUGUCCCGGCAAGACGGUAAGUGGCUUGCACGAGUCAGCACCCAAGGGAAAGAGACAGAGACAGCUACAGCUUCUGAGCUGCCUCAUCAGCCCCGCAGAAGGGAGAAGAAGCACUGCACUCCCUUUGUGACCUAACCCAUCAACCAAGACAAGGCACAAGGCCCCACACUGUGUGGCUUAGCAAUUGCCACAAAAAGAAGGCAAGGCAAGGAAGCUUCGGUCUCGCUUUGGCAUUUGAGUAAUAGAAUUGUAGAGUUGGAAGGGACCCUGAGGACCACCUAGGCCAACUCCCUGCAAUGCAGGAAUAUGCAGCUGUCCCAUACAGGGAUUGAACCUGCACCAUCUUCUAACCAACUGAGCUAUCCACACUGCAGCUGCAGAUUUGCUGUCAACUUAGAGCUUGCUCCCAUUUCUCAACUUCUCGUAGCUCUCAUGCGCACUGAGGAGUUCACAGCAGCGAAUAGCCUGCUUGGGCGAGUAGCCUACCACUGGAGGACUCCACAGACCAGCUUCUGGGAGCGGAUAGUGCGAAACUGGGAAAUCCCCAUUUUCAACAGCUCAUGUGCAGAGUUCUGUGCUGUCCUUCAUCUAGCCUUGCACUCUCUCUGUCUGAGCUGCUGGAUGCUGGAAAAGUCACAUGGUUCGCAGGCUACUAAUCGCCAAUAGGGCAAAAUGGUUCACUAUCUGCCUUGCCUAACCCCCUCCGCUCAUGGAAGGCAGAAUGUGCCCACAGUCUGGUAUAUUCACAGAAUCCGCUCACAUUCUUCCCACUUCUGCUCCUCAGCAGGCAACCUCUUUCCGACGCAAUCUCAGCUCCCCGAUGCUGGUACAUGAGCCGCAGCCCCCGCCAGCAGCCCCCAAGGAGUCUCCCCCUACAGGUAGGAGUGGACUGGUCCACAGAGGGCUGAUGGGUAAUGGAAAACAAAAAGACGGACAGCAGCUCAGCCUUUGGGAAACACAGUCUUUUGGAUUUGAGGCUUCCCAGAUCCACAACAGUAGGAAGAAGUUAUGCUUCUGUUAUUAGGUAGCUUCCGGAGGUGGGGACAGGGAAGGGAAGUCAUUUGACUUUCAGGCUGUUGCGAUUUAUAGAGGCAGUGGGAUACUUUGGGAUUCAUGGAAGCCAACUCUACCCUUUUGUGGGUGCAACUUGAAAGUGGGGAGUUGAUUAGUCUUGGUUGGUGGAGAUCUCCUUCACCGUGAGCAAUCUUGCAAACCCGCCGUGUUGUUAAAAUAAGUAAAAUUGGGUCAAGAUGCUUUAGCUGAGCCUCAAAUUAUUUUAAAGGUUGAGUCUUAGCCUUCCAAUGUUGAUAUAAUGCAGAGGACUUUACCCCCUCUCCCAGAUGAGGCCACCUCUUCCCCAUGAAUUUGGGAUUGGGGUGAGCAGGAUGGAGUGGGUCUAUAGACGGGUCUGAACCCUGCAGUUUUGCAGUUUACAAAUUCUGGUGUGUGAAAGAGAGGGUGGGAGCAGAUAGAUAAACUCAGAAUAGUGGGGUAGACUGACUUGAUAUGAGGCAGCUGCCUUUGCCCCUGCCUCCUGCUUUGAGAAUCCAGCUCUGAAGUGGUCUUCCCUUCACCAGCAGGCCCCAGUGGAAAGGUGGACCCCAUUUACGAGACCCUGCGCUAUGGCACUUCCCUGGCCUACAUGAAUCGCUCCAGCUUCAGCAGCACCUCAGAGUCCCCCACCAGGAGCCUGGUAUGGUCAUGCCAUAUGCAAAAGAUGUAUUUGGGUAGACAGGCGAGGUCACGGGUGAAGAUUCCAGGGGUUGUGGGAAUCCCAUGUCUGAGAUUCAGGGCAUGGUUGUAGAAAGGAUUGCAGGGGAAGGGUAGGAAUGGUGCACCGGAAAGAGGAGGAGGAGGAGCUAACUAACAGUCCCUGAUUGGCCCUUCAGGUGGAAGCCAAUAAGAAAUCAAGAAAGCAAUGUACACAAUUGUUUGUAUCAAGCCAGGAUCUAGAAUCUUCAAACUUGUAGGGGAAACUCCAGUUCUCCUUAUGAUUUGUGACUUGGGUUUUAGUGAGACCAGGAGUGAGGAGGAACAAAGAAUGGAACAAAAUUCAUUUUGAAUUUAUAUCCGCCCCCCUCCCAAGAAUUCUUUUAAAUACAGUUUUAUGGGAAAUGCAUUAUACUCCCCACACCACCCCGAACUCUCCUUUCUUCUUAUGAUGGAAGAUGGCAACAGAAUGGGGGUGGUUUUGCUCUGACCCUUUUAUGAUGGCCUGUGCUCCCCACUUGGGUUUCGAGGAAAGAAUAGAAGUGGAUUGCCCAGCUUAAAAGUCACCUGUGUUUUACAAGUCUAAUUAAUAAUUGCCCACAAUUUUUAGGUGCUGUGCUAUUUAAAACAACAAUAUAAUUCUUGCUUAAUAGACACAAUACAAAAAGCUUUAGUUUAGUUAUCUGGGCAUUUUCCACGGCUGCAAGCCAAGGCUUCUAAAUGGGGCAAACCACGUAAGUCACCUCAGCCACAUGAACACAGAGGCGUAGGUCCUGCACCAUUAAGGAACUGUUUCCUACUCAGUUCUGCUCCCUCAUGUCCAUGUGUGUUUGUGCGUGUGCAUCUCUCUCCUAGAAUGAGAAGGAAGAAGUGGCUGAGGACCCAGAAGGUGCUGGAAAGACAACAGAGGAAAGUCAGCCUGAUGACGGUGAGUAGAGCCACCGUUUUUUGGUUAAUGGGAAUGAUAGAGAUAAGAAUUCCCAUCUCACUAGCCCUCACCAGAACUUAACCCACACAAGUAGAGCUUAAUGCAUGGGGGGAAGCAUCAGUUGCAAAAGGCUGCAGCAAAGCCAAAUGUUUCUGGUCUUUCUAACGUGGAAAAAGAAACAAAUGAUGUGCUCGUGUCACUUUUUAAACAUUGAAAAGUUGCCCUGUCAGUGCUGGUUCCACGGAAAAUUCAAUCCAUAUUGCGUUGGGAGAUGGGGUGGGGAGAGUCAUCUGUUGUGAAUAUUGCGUGCAUGCACUUAAAAGCCACUAUAAAAAAAAUAAAUAAAUUACAUUUUGUACCCCAAACAAAGCCCACAUUAGAAAGAGUACAGGAUCUUAGCUCUAAUGCUAACUUUUGCUUUGCGGGUACCUAAAUAUAGCUAUGCCCAAAUCUGGAAUUUUAGAAUUCUCGAUUUCUCUGGGUAGCUCCCUGUUCUGCCGCAGGGGAGGAAGAAAGUGGUGAGAGAGAAAACCAGAAGUCAGGUCCUAAAUGUGUGCCUAGCCGUUAAUGGGAACCAAUGUCACUUUGGAUUGGUGGUGACCCCGCCCCCCUCCGAAUCCUAGGUAGUCUCCAAUGCCUGUAGCAUAGCCCUCCGUGGGAGAGAGGAGUUGUAAAUGGCAGCACCUCCUGCAGGUGAUAUAGAGAAAAGCCAAUCCGUCUGGUACUAGUGCACACAUUCCUUGAGAACUUGCAACGUCUGAUAUCCCACCUCUUGAUUUGUUUCAGUUUUCUCAGCACCAGCAGAGGGUGAGGGCACUACGUCGGAAGAAAAGAGCCCAGGGCAACAGGUGAACUCUUCCUUCAUCCGCAUGUCAUCAACAUCCCUUCCUGCUACAUUCUGUCACUUCCCUGCUAUGUCCCUCCCACCCUGUGCCAUUCCUUUUUGAAGCCCUAACCCAGCCCUGAAAAUGGAAAAUAGCGAAAUCCUUCUUCCUCCGCAUUGUGCUAAAGCACAUUUGGCAAGACAGAUGAAAAGCCGCAGCAGAUAUUGUAUUGCACUUCCGUCACCUUGGCUGGGAAAGGUCUUGAUUAUUUAUUGUUUUAAAAGUAUUUUUAGCCUUUUCCAGUUUUGCGUAUGCUAAAAAAGGCUAAAGUGCACCCACCCACAACAGAACCUGUCUUGCAAGGCACCUAAGGGUGCCUUCCUCUAGUAAAAAAUGGACAGGAAUGAUGUAACUUUUUGCUCCUGAAUGGAGUCUGUUGUUUAAAAUGGCACACAGCAAUAGGGGCUGCCAACUGAUCACAACCUUGUGAGCAGGUGCUACUUCUUAGAGCAUGGAGAGAAGCAGGAUUAUACCUUCAGCUCAUGCUGCUCUCCAAAGGUACAGGAGCAAAAAAAUACUGGUUUUUUUUAAAAGUUGGCAGCCCUAGUUCCAAAAAAAAAUAAAUUUAAAAAAUGUCCUGGGUUAAAAGCCUGGGCAAAAAUUUCCAAGCUCUGUUUUUCCUUACGGCUCUUUCUUCCUCCUACAGUCAACUCAAGGCUGUGCACGAAAGGAGGUCUCGCCCAUGUACUCAUAUGUCGCUCUCUACAAGUUUUUGCCUCAGGAGAUCAACGAUUUACCCCUGAAGUAAGUCUUCCCCCUUGGCCCAUCUUGAGAGCCCAUUGGUUCAGGAGCUAGUGAUUAUUUGGAUCGUGGGUCCCCUUGGCCAAAGGAGCUUGCUUGCUGGCCUUUGGAAACACACCCACAAUUUGUGGAGACACACCCACAAUUUGGGAAUAGCAAUAAGUACUGGCCAGUCUAUUAACAGAGCAAUCCUAGGUGGGGUGGCAUCAAGGGAGAGGUGGAGCAGCAGAACCCUUGGCCCUCAGGUGUUUCUGAACUACAACUCCCAUCACUCCUGGCCAUUGGCCAGGCCUGCUGGGACUGAUGGGAGUUGUAGUUCCACAAAAACUGGAGGGCCAAAUGUUCCCCAUGCCUGCGCUAUAUGCCUCUGAAGCCCUAUCCACCUGCGAGGGCAGAAGAUGGAGGCGGUUUUGGUUUUGUUUACUUCCCCCACUACACCAGUUUCCAGGCCCCUCUAGGAAUCGGCAGAUUUCUGUAGCUAGCGGACUGAAAGUGCCAUUUUGUAUCCAUUUGCUGGGACUGAUACAAAAACAUAUGGGACUGAUACAAAAACAUAAGGGAAAUGCAGAAAUGGCGAAACUUACAGAAGAAUAAGAAAUCAAGAGAACAAACUGUUUAUAAAAGAAUGGAAAUGGUUUAUUGAAUAUUUACAGACAAAUUGUAAACAGAUAAAAACACUGGCAGGAUUAUUGUAAAAACCUGCAGCUACAUAACAGUAUAUAUUGAAAGAAGAUAAAUGAGUAAGUUAAGUUAAUUUGGAUAUGCAGAAGACCUUCUGUCAUCUGCCACCACAUCCCCACUCCCAAGCUGUCAUUGAGCUCAAUUGUGACUUUCUCUGUCUCUCCUCAGGCCUGGAGAUCGAAUCAUGCUGAUGGAUGAUUCCAAUGAGGACUGGUGGAAGGUGAGCAGAACAGAAGCAUCCCAGUUGUUUUCUCCAGUUUGACUGCGUAAACCACUCUGGGGCCUCUUGGGUGAAGAACCAGUGCGACUUAGUGGUUAGGACUACGACCUGGGAGACCAGGGUUCAAAUCACCACUCACCCAUGAGGCCCAGACACUCUCUCUCAGCCUAGCCUACCUCAUGGGGUUUCUGGAAGGAUAAAACGGAGACGGAGAGAAGUGUGUGGGCCGCCUUGAGCUCCUUGGAGGGAGGGAGAGGUAUGAAUGCAAUAAAUAAUAAAAAAGCAGGAUAUAAAUAUUUUCUCCAUAAAUAAAGGAUAUCCCUGAGAGGUAAAGGGAGAGGGCACAGUGAUUCAAACCUGUGCUUCCUAUGUCCAUUUAAAAAACCCCAAACCUAUUCUUAUCUAUUUUGCUACCAUGCCUUCUGCCCUUUUCUCCUUCAGGACCCAUUGAUCACAGUUGCAAAUAUGCACAUCUUGCUCUGUAGGUUCUGCUUUUUGUGGGUUCCUCUGUCUCUACCCACAAGCCCACAGUGUCCUUAACACACCUCCCUCCCUCCAAUUUUAUGUCUCUCUCUCUCACGCACUUUAUAGGCCCUCAGAGAAAGGCCUUGGCCUCGUGAGGCAGCCAGACACACAUCAAGUUCCUUGUCCCUGUUGCUAUAGCAACAUGGCAGGUUUCAAGAGCAUCCUCCUUCACACUUCCAGAGCCUCCGGGCUGCCCAUAAAGAGUCAGAAGAUGGAGCCUUGCCCUCUGCUGCUCUGUCCACUCCGACUUUGCUGCUUUUCCUGUGCUUCUUCAGAAAGCCCCAGUGUGAUACUGUGGAAAUAUCUAAUUUUAUCCAUCUACUUUUGCUGUUUGAUGCCACCUGAGGUUGGAAAGGCAAGAGUUCCUGCAGCAUUGAGAGCAAACCUCUCUGAGCAUGUAGUCCAGGCAUAGGCAAACUCGGCCCUCCAGAUGUUUUGGUACUACAACUCCCAUGAUCCCUAGCUAACAGGACCAGUGGUCAGGGAUGAUGGGAAUUGUAGUCCCAAAACAUCUGGAGGACCUAGUUUGCCUCUGCAUGGUGUAGUAUUUCUCUCGACCCCAUAACCAGCCGACACAUAUCAGAAAAAAAGAGGUGAACCUUUCAUGGCUUGAAGGGCAGACAAUUACACCUCUUCCCUUCUCCCCCUGAAUUUUCUAAAAAUGGUUUUAUUAACCAAGUAUCAAAUAUUACAAAUGACCAUUUUAAAAAAGAAAGCGAAAUGUAACUUAACUUUUUCUUCCUCUCAGAAAUUGUCCAUUGAGUAAGGGGGCAGAGAAUUGCAAACAAACAAACAAACAAACAAACAAACAAACCCACUGCUUAACCUUGCAAAUUUCCACCCACCUGCUGAGAAACUCUGGCAGACCCCACAGCCUUGCCCAAUUGGACCCCUACUGAGAACACCACUAUCAAUCUGCCUGAAUCAACCAACAUUGCAAUGAGAGUUGAAUGAGAGCAUGACAAUGACAAUUAAAAGAGGAGGGGAGCAGUAAACUGACAGGUUACUCCUUCAUUCCCCGCAAUAAAGGCUGUAACUGAAAUAUGUAUCGUGACUAUGCAAUAUUGCUCCUUGGAAAGGAGGGAAUUCAUCAGCCUGGGAGCCACCAUAAAGAAGGCCCUCUCAUGCUCUGCCACCUUCUGGAGCUCAGAGAACAGCGAUGCUGCUAACGGGACCUCCCUGGCUGAUUUCAGCAACGAAGCAGAUCUAUACAGGAGGAGAUUCUGUAUAGCAUAAGCUCUUUGAAUUGGGUUCAGAAGCAAAUUGGCAGGCAGUGCAGAUCACAUAGGAGUGGGGCAAAACGAGUCUGACCUGUGUUGCUGCAAUCUGCACCCAUUGCAACGGCCCCACUGUCUUUCAGGGCAUCUCCAUGUAGAACGCACUUCAGUAGCCCAACCAGAGUUUGGAUCACGGGUUCCAAGCUCUCUCUCUCUCUCUCUCUCUCUCUCUCUCUCUCUCUCUCUCUCUCUCUGUAAUUAGUGAACCAGCUGGAGCUGCUCUUCGCCCAAAUGGGCCUUUAGAGACAAUGCUGGGUGGUAUGUAUAGCUCACUUUUUCCUUUUUGUAUCCUAGGGGAAGAUGGGUGACCGCGUGGGUUUCUUUCCAGCCAAUUUUGUGCAGCGGGUCCGCCCGGGUGAAACAGUCUGGAGAUGCUGCAAGACUUUCUAUGGAAGUAAGGAACAGGGACAGCUCAGCGUUAAGGAGAAUCAGGUAGGAGCAAACAUCCUAUAUGGGGCCUUCUUUGCCCAUAAAGUAUCUGUACAUUAUAGACAUCUGAAAAUCCCAAGUGUCUUUUUUUUAAAAAAAGAAAAGAAAAAGCAAGUUUCUAGUCUGUGUAGUUCUGAAGAAAACUCUAGGCCAGGGAUGGCCAACAGGUAGAUCAUGAUCUUCUGGUAGAUUGCAGGGUGCCUGUGGUAGAUCGCGGUAGAUCUUGGGACCCCUCCCACCCCCCAAAAAAACAACUUUGUUUUUUUUUAUAUAAGAUAUUUAUUAAGAUUUUCAAAAUAUUACAAAAUAAAAAUAAAAAAGAAGAAAAUACAAAAAAGAAAUAGUUAAAAAUAACUCAAUCUUUCCAUUACUUAUUUUUCAUUAGCUUGUUUCCCGGACCUCCUCACGCCUCCCUUUUUUGUAUUCCAGUUCAGUUUGUUAGUUCAGCAAAUCCUUACCCUCUUUGUUUAUCCUAGUCUUUAAUCUUAAAAUAUUGUAACGUUAAAUUUUGACCUAUUAAUAAUCCAUUUUUCAUAUUCCCUUAAAAUAUUACAGCUGAAAACCACUUAAUUUCUAUCCAACAUCAUUCUAACAUUCAUUAACCCAAAAAACAACUUUGAUCUCACCCAAAAAGCUCAACAAUUUUUACUUACUAAAAAAAGCUCAACAACCUUGGUCAAUCCAGUAGAUCAUCACCAGUUUUUUUUACAGUGGGAGUAGAUCCCAGUCUCUUGGAAGUUGGACAAGCCUGCUCUAGGGGGAUCACACGUUUGCAUCCUGUGUUCUGCCUGGAGCUAUGUGCGAUGCUAAGCACAUGACAGUAACUUUCCUCCAUUAGAGCUUUGUGGCCAAUGUAAAGAGCAGUUUCAGAGGGGUGAUAUUGGGCAGAACUGCAGCAGGGCAGGAAGUGUUAAAGCCCCUCUCCCUGUAUGCCACAGCUCCAGUCUUGAUCAGGCUCCCCAGUGACUGCUAUUUGCAGUUUUUUAAAACAAAACAAAAAUCACAUGUAAGGUCACAGAAUUUUGGCUUUCCAAGGCAUAGCAUCUCAUACAUAAUUAGCUACAUAUCUGCUAAUGUGUUUUUUUCUCCAAGCCUAGUUCAUAUCACCAAAUUGGCCUGUUUACAUGGUCAGCUAUGCCUGCCCUUCCUUUCUUUGCAUAUAUGGGACUCAAACCCACAACUUUGAGAUUAUGAGUAUCACGCUCUGCCGGACUGAGCUAUCAGAUGGGCUAUAGAGGGGGAUUGUAGAGAAAGAUUGUGGUAUGUGCGCUUUGACUCAUAUUACCGUAUUUACUCGAAUCUAAUGCUCACCUUUUUAGGCCAAUUACGUUGCGAUAAUUAAGGUGCCCAUUAGAUUCAAUGGCAGCAAAUACUCUUUUUGGUUUCAAGGUUCUGAAAAUUGAGGUGUGCAUUAGAUUCGAUGGUACAUUAGACUCAAGUAAAUACGGUGAGUUGCCUUUUGGUUAACUGAGCAAUGGUACUUGCUGUCUCGAGGGCAGGGAUGGUGUCACUUUUCUCAGUUAUUUGUCGCAUUGCAUCUAACAUUGCAGAAAGCAAAUAUUGCAAAAGCAAUAUGAAAUGCUAUCAAUUUUAAAACAGGAGAGAUUGUAAUGAUUCCAAUCUGUGUGCCAGGAGUGAACUAACGUCACGGUUCUCUCCCAUCGGGUACGUCUGGAGCACUCAAUCUCUCUCGCUGCCGGAUCUCUGCCAAAUUGCCUGCCCUUGGAGGAGACACACCCCCAAGCAGUCCCUCUAGCAUACAGGGCACGAGCACCUCUGAGGUUUGGUGGUUCUUAAGCAGGAAGAACCAGCUGCACAAAUGAAAGGUGAGGGACAACUGGCUUACUAGAGGUAUAUGUGAUAAGGAUCUAGGGGUCUUAGUGGACCACAAGCUUAACCUGAGUUAAUAGUGUGAUGUGGCAGCAAAAAAAAAGCUAACGCUCUUCUAGACUGCAUCAAUUACUGUUGUACCUUGGAUCCCGAAUGCCCUGGAACUAGGACGUUUUGCCUGCUGAAUGCCACAAACCGGGAAGCGAUUGUUCCAGUUUGCGAACAUUCUUUUGGAACCUGAAUGUCCGACGGGGCUUCCGCGGUUUCUGAUUGGCUGCAGGAAGCUCCUGCUGCCAAUCAGAAGCCACAAUUCGGUUUCCAAACAUUUUGGAAGUUGAACGGGCUUCCAGAAUGGAUUCCGUUUGACUUCCAAAGUACGACUGUAUUAUCAUUCUUAUUUAUUAAAUUUGUAUAUUGCCCUAUACCCUCAGGUCUCAGGGAGGUUCACAACAUAAAAUUGCAAUAUAGAAAAGACAAAAUACAUACCAAAAACAGCCCAAUAACCCCCCCUCCACUUUCUAGAGGACUAGCUCAAUGUUUUUGCAAAUGCGAAAGUUCACUUGAAGGCGAGCUAGAUGUCUCAAGCGGAGUCUAGUAUGGAUCCUAUGUACUUUUUCCCCCCUGGCUAUCAGUGCUCUCUUCUGAGUGUGAGCCAUAAGAGGCACUUAGUCAGAGCCCAGCAACAGGAAAAGAGUUUGCCUCCUUCAACAACUACAGCUCCUUAGAACAUGGGUAGGCAAACUAAGGCCCGGGGGCCGGAUCUAGCCCAAUCACCUUCUAAAUCUGGCCCGCGGACGGUCUGGGAACCAGCGUGUUUUUACAUGAGUAGAAUGUGUCCUUUUAUUUAAAAUGCAUCUCUGGGUUAUUUGUGGGGCAUAGGAAUUCGUUCAUUCCCCCCCCCCCACACACACACAAUAUAGUCCGGCCCCCCACAAGGUCUGAGGGACAGUGGACUGGCCCCCUGCUGAAUAAGUUUGUUGACCCCUGCCUCAGAAGCAACCAGUCAGAAGGAGAGUUCCCUAUUAAACCCCCGAGAAGAAGAAGAAAAAUGAGGAGGACGAGAGUUCAAACCCUGGAGCAGAAGGUGAGGAGCUCCAGAGAGUCCAUUGCACCUCCUCCUCCCAGAAUUUGCUGGGUCUCAUUCGUUUUGCUCUGAGUGUGAAGCCACCUGCUUCUUCCGCAUCUGAGAUUUGCGUGCUUUGCUGUGCUUUGCCUGAGGUGUGUAUUAAGAUGCACCAGAAGAUGCUGUCUGCUGGCACUUGGCCCACUGAGACUGGCAGGCUGGCAUAUCAAGCAGGCGGAUUGAGUGGCUUAGAGUAGAUCAUUAGCAGGUCCUUGUUAGUUCAAGAGGGAUGGGGACUUGGAAUGCACGGGAGUGUUCAACUCAAAUGUUACAGUGAUAACCACUGGCGGUGUUGACUCCUAUGCGGAUUGUAUACGUGAUCAACCAAGAACAUAGUCAUCACAAUAGAUGCGACAAGGUCUCUCGAGUCACACCACCGGGGACAAAGGGGUGGGAGGAACCGCUUUUAUGUCAUAAAGGGCCGCUGUAGAAAUAUCAAUUCUAUUUAUUCCUAUAAGGGAAUAUAUGGAUAGUGAAUGCCUCAGCAUAAUCGCUGGCAGGAUACAAUCAGUUCACCAUGUUCAACGUGUAUAUGAAGUCAAUGAAGUGGGAAAUUGCGUCCUUGUUGUUAUUCCUUUAUCUGCACCGCUGCUGGAUUGUGCAAGGAUUUUUAUGGUGCUGAGGGAUAAAAUUGGAGGCUUGUUUCAUUUGUAAGGGAGAGAAUCACAGAAUCGUAGAGUGGGAAGGGACGCCCAAGUCCAGCCCCUGCAAUCUAAACUAAAGGAAUCUAAACUAAAGCAUCCAUAACAGGUGACCAUCCAACCUCUGCUUACAAACCUCCAAGGAAGGACAGUCCACCAGUUCCUGAGGGAGUCCGUUCCACCAUUGAACAGACCGUAUCGGCAGAAAGUUGUUUAGUCAGAAUCUCCUUUCUAAUAACUUGAAUCCGUUGAAAUCUUCUGGUCUCCAGAGCAGAAGAAAACAAGCUUGCUCCAUCUUCCAUGUGACAGCCCGUGAGACAUUUGAAGAUGGCUGUCAGUCUCCUGUUACCCAGCUCCUUCAACCAUUCCUCAUAAGGCUUGGUUUCCAGACCCUUGAUAAUCUUGGUCGCCCUCCUCUCCAGCUUGUCAAUAUCCCCUGUUAAAUUGUGGUGCCCCAAACUGGACACAGUACUCCAGGUGUGGUCUGACCAAGGCCGAAUAGAGUGGUACUAUUACACCCCUUGAUCUGGACACUAAGCUUUUGUUGAUGAAGCCUAGAAUAACAUUAGCUUUCUUUUGCUGCUGCAUCAUCACACUGUUGACUCAUGUUAAGCUUGUCUUACUAAGACCCCAGAUCCUUUUCACACGUACUGCUGUAAAGCUAUGUGUGCUCCAUCUUCUAUUUGUGCAACUGUUUCUUCCUGCCUAAGGGUAGAAUCUUACAUUUAUCCUUAUUGAAAUUCAUGUUGCUAGUUUGGGCCCAGUUCUCCGAUCUGUUAAGGUCACCAAGAAUCCUGAUGCUGUCUUCUGAAGCGUUAGCUACCCUGCAGCACCCUACUUGCCCCUUUUCCCCAGGAUGUUGAAGAACCAUUUGUUAGCACUCAUUGGGUUUGGCCAGUCAGCCACCUAACAGUUGCCUUGUCCAGGCCACAUUUUACCAGCUUCUCCACAAGAAUAUCAAGGGGGAAAUUUUCUGUCAUAACUCAGGGAGCUGAGUAUUCACAAUGCACACUCUCCGUAUGUUGUAAGCCCUUUGCCUCCAGCUUUUCUUUGCAACCAUUGAGACUAGAAACUUGCUUUCUUAAAAAAGAAUACAAAACCCCCCCCAAAAAACCCUGAGAUUUUGAGGAUGCCAGUUCCUGCGCCACCUAAUAAAUAAAUAAGGAAGGACUGACUGACUUUGUUGUUGUUCCGGCUGCAUUCUGCAUUAUAAAAUCUUGACCUGUUUGCUCACGUUUCGUUCCGUCAUCUUCUGUUCCUCCCAGAUCUGUGUUGGUGUGGGGAAGUCCAAGGAGAACGAGGGUUUCAUCAAGGUGACGAGUGGCAAAAAGCGAGGCCUGGUGCCUGCCGACGCACUCACAGAAAUUUGAAGGCCGGAUGAGCACGCGAAGCAAGGCCAAAGAGUAAAACAGAGAUGUCAGCAGCAGCAAGGCAGGGGCAGCCCUGCCUUACUCUCCAGCCCAUCCCAACCCUGAGCACCUGGCUAAUCACUAUUUCAUGGAAUCUUCUAGAUGGACUGAGGAUAUGGCUUUGGUUUGGACAAGGGAAGAGGACUGGGGGAGGGACUGGCUUGAGCGCCAGGACCCGCGUGAUCUCUCGCUUGCCCCCAGCUGGGCUUGGACAUGUGCUCAAGCCCGCUUUUGCUUUCCACCACCCCUUUCGAAGGUCGUUUCAGGCAGCUCUUAUGGGUGCUGAGUGUGAGGGAGAUUUCCACCGCUGUAAUUCACGCCCCUUUUCCGCCCCCCCACUUUGCCUCUGGGUCGCACUUCCAUGGCAACAGACGCUGGUUGACAUCAGCUCGCCUGGCCCAAGGGGGACUCUUUAUAUCUUGGCGUACCACUCCCUCCCGCUGCCCAAACCACUCUCUCAUUCAGACAUGCUCCCCAAUAAUUCGGUGUCGCAUGCGCCCCCCCAUGUGAAAAGGCCUUCUCUGGGCAGGGAGAGGCCGCCUGAGUGUGUUGUCGUCCGUCUGUCCCUGUAUCAGUUUUAAAACCUUCAGGGCUGUCUGUAUAUUUGUGUGUGUGUGUAUAUGUGUGUUGGGAGGUGGCUGUCGCUCAGGAUUGGGGCAGCCCCCACCAAAAAAGAAAAAAGAGGUGGGACAAUACCACGAGGCCUCUCGUUUGUCGUGUACUCAAAGUCUUCCCCGCAGAGCCUGAGCCACAGUGAGUUCCUGGAAACUGAUAGUUACAUGCGGAGUGGGUGGGUGGGUUCCUUGAUGUGAGGUGCUGCCUUCGUUCCUGGCUCCCCGGCUAUUCCUUGACCUCCAUUUGUGCCCGCCCCCCAGCAUGUGGUGGCCUACCCCCACUGCAUGACUGACAGCCGUGUGGACCAUUUUCUCAGGGACCUUCCUCAGCUGGAUGCAUUUCUGACCUACACCGAGAAUGUUGCGGCGUUGCUCAUGUGAGGAGUUCAGAGACCCUGACCAUCCCAUCUUCCCUCACUUUUCCAGCAUGCUUCCAGCUAUUUGUCCUUUGUAAAUGUACUUUUGUAUAUAUAUAUAUAAAAGAACAACAAAAGAAAGAAAGAUAAGAUGACUUCAGUCCCAGCCAUUGGAGAGAGUUAUCAGUAUAGCCUCAUUGUCCAGCAUCUGCAGUUUGACUCAGCUGGUAUUUUUCCUCACUGGAUGAAAUGGUUGAGAAGGGGGCACGUUUGCCAAAUCCCAUGUUUCAGAGGCACAACAUUUGCCUGUGUCAAUGUCCACAUGUGCCCUGCCCCGUUAAGAUGCAUUGUGUGCUACUGAGCCAUUCAUGCUCAGCACACAAUACACAUAGAAGUCAGGGGUCUCUGAUCUGCUAGCUGCAUGCAAAUAACCCAGUGUUCAUGGUAAGUGCAUGAUGGGCAUUGCAUUUACAAAGAACAUGGACACAGGGAAGCACUUUCGUCUGUGGCCCACACCAUGUAUGAAUCAGGCCUGGCUGAGAGUUUCCCCUUUUUUAAAAUGGCCUGAGCCUGAUGGGAGCAUAGCAAUAGGUAUUUCUUUGCUUCCAGGAAACCGAAACGCCGAUCCUCAUUGUGUUUGAUCUAAUCCAUUAGCCUGGUCUAUUGCAUCCUCAAUCUUCCCCAUUUCAAAACUCAUUCCAAUCUGCAAAGUGGGAAAUCAGGAACUGCGGUUGUAAUCAGAAUGCCGUUCUUAGUAUUUCUGUAGCACUUUCAGAAUGCAAAAUGCUUUGAAAUGGUCAUACCUUGAUUUGCCAGAAAGGAACCAGCAUUGCAACCCAUGACAAAAGUGGUAGAUGAGCCUGAGGCUUCCAUGCUUAGGUCCAAUACUCUAGCCAGUAGGAUGGCACUGGCUCCAUUAAAGAGAGAUCGGGGAAUUUUUGCUGGUGCACUGUUUAUGUUGUUACAUGCUUCUAGCUUGGUGGUCCUCCAGCAGGAACAGUUCAUCAUUUCCUCCUGUUGUCAUACAUUCCCUG